GAAGUAGUAGAUGCUAGAGCGAGCCAAGGCGCAGAGCAACAGGUAGCUCAUGGAGAUUACUAAGGUGGACCUCCGUGGCCUAAAUCCCAGCGGGCCUGGGUGGAGGGAAGCCCGGGACGCCGUAACCACAUCCAUGGUGGCACACGGCUUCGUGGUGGUCGCACACGACGCGGUCGGCCCGGAGCUCCGGGAAGCGCUUUUCGGGCGCGCCUUGCCGGAGUUGUACGCGCUUCCGGUGGAGGCCAAGCGGCAGAACGUGGCGUCCACUCGGGUCCCGUUCCAAGGCUACAUCUCAAACAUGCCCGACGGGACCCUCGAGAGCUUGCGCGUCUGGGAUCCCACCGACGCCAGCCGCGUCCGUGACUACGGCAACCUCCUCUGGCCGCAGCAGGGGGGCAACCCUGCCUUCUGCGACACCAUUGUGUCGGUUGCCAAGAAGCUGGUGAAGCUGGAGCAGACCGUGAUGAUGAUGGUCCUUGAGGGCCUCGGCGCCGGGGAGGAGCGCAUCCACGCACACCAGGACCAGGAGGCGCUCACCUACGGCCUUCGGCUCUGGCGCUACGGCAUGCGGCCUCUGGACGCAGCCACCGGCGUCUCAUUGCUACCGCACCGUGACACCUGCAUCACCAGCACCGUCCUGCAGCAUGAGGUGGAAGGCCUGGAGGUGCAGACCAGGGACGGCAACUGGAUCGCCGUGCCGCCUCAGCCCGACACAGCCACCAUCAUCGCCGGUGAUUUCUUCACUGUCCUAACAAAUGGAAGGACGCCGUCAUGCCUCCACCGUGUUAGGACGCCGAGCAACCGCGAGCGCUUCUCGGUGGCUCUCCACUGCCGCCGAAAGGACGACGCCUUGGUGGCUCCAAUGGCUGAGCUGGUCGACAGAGACCACCCUCUGAUGUAUAACCCUUGCAUUGCCGGCGAGUACACCAUAUUUCGCUACUCCGAGGAAGGGCGCGACCACGGCGACCCACUCAAGGCUUUCUGCGGUGUCUGACUCCCUUGACCGUUAAUAUAAGUUGGUACUGUGGCCUCAUUUUCUGCGUAUAAAACCAUCCAUGGUAUGUGUUUCUUAUAUACACAGCUAGACCUUUUAUACACUACAAAUAAUGUUGUUUUAGAGUUGGGACAGUCUCAAAUCUGUAAUAAAUUACGAAUGAUGGUGCUACAGAAUACCAUCCAUGAUGAA